CAGCAUCAUCGUCUGCACAUGAGAACUGGAAUAUGACAUGCGCUGAUCAUGCGUGUUGGAAAUCAUAAGGUAAAAAUCACGAAAUUCGUUGUGCAGUUUGCGAGAAAAGGGGAAUGCUGAACCGUUGGGUACCGAGCUGGGAAACUGAUGAGGGGUGUGGCGGUGUCACUGCGGGAUGAAAACCGUGGCGCUGCGUGUUUUAUGCAAGUCGUGAUGAGAAGCCGACGAUGCUAUGAGAAAUGCCCGUGUCAGUCGUAGUGACUGAAUUCUGUGAGAGAGCGCCCCCCCCCCCCCUUUUUUUUAUUUGGCCGUUUGGGGAGGUCCCACAUUGUGUGCAUUCUGUUCUACAGCACCGUUGUUGUGAUGCUAUGUAUUACCAGUGCUGGUUGUCCUGCCAGAACAGGAGUCAGGUUAAGCUUUGCUGUUGGCGAGAGAUUUCGUGAGGGGUGUAGUGGGUGGGUAUACGUUAGGGUUUUGGUGGAUUGAUUGUAUUCGGUGUCAUUGAUUGACGUUUGAAGGUGGGGUUGGUACAGCAACUGGCCUGUCUGGUUGUUCAUGAAUUUGGUUGUAGGGUUUGGGAUUUUGGUUUUAGCCGUACGUAAUUGAACGAGCGAAAUCGCACUUAUUUCAGUGUAUUUGCAGAAAAAGAGGGUUCGGCGUCUGUUGAGGAUCUAACUCUUUCCGUUUGGAGAGCUGAUGGUGUAUGCACGGACGGUCCUGUAAAUGCGGCUGUAAUUCGGACAGGGUAUCAUCGCAGUUGAGUGACCGCAAGUUGACACGAGGAACAGCUGGUAGUUCUCGAAACCAUGGAUCAUUUUGCUCGAAGGUAUUUACGAGAAUGUCGAAGAUAGCGAAGCUGAGGUGAGAAAUUAAACAACGUACCGGAAGACCUGGCGAUUCUGGAUUUUACAUCAAGGAAUUGAUCGCUGCUCUUCUCAGUGCACUUUGGGAUUUUGGAUUGCCGGUCAUGGCAACAAUAGCAGUGAAUGCGGACAACGAAGAAACAUGAGUUGUAGACCCUGUUGACAGGGUUUGUUUACAAUGACUAUGAGGUUUGGCCUGAUAGAGUCUGUGUUCCCAGUCCUCAGACAUUAAGCCUUGAGCUCCGAGAUUAUAGAUUCUGUGGUCAUGGCAGUCGGAGAACCCAAGGGCGCGAACAGAUAUGACAAGGGUCAUAAUCUGGGUGAGGGAACAUACGGUGUCGUUUUCAAGGCUGUUGACAUAGUGACAAACAGGACGGUAGCAAUUAAAAAGAUAAGAUUGGGAAAGCUCAAGGAGGGUGUGAAUGUGACAGCCUUGAGGGAGAUCAAACUAUUGAAAGAAUUGCAAGACCCAAACAUCAUCGAGCUGAUAGAUGUAUAUCCUCACAAGAGCAAUUUGCACCUCGUAUUCGAAUAUAUGGAGAGUGACUUAGAAGCAGUGAUCCGAGAUCGGAACAUUUUUCUCUCCCCUGCCGACUACAAGGCUUACAUGCAAAUGAUUCUUAAGGGACUAGCAGUUUGCCACAAGAAGUGGGUCCUUCACAGGGAUCUUAAACCAAACAAUCUUUUGCUUGGUUCCAAUGGGCAGCUAAAGCUUGCGGACUUUGGAUUAGCUCGCAUAUUUGGGAGUCCCGACCGAAAGUUCACACACCAGGUCUUUGCACGAUGGUAUCGAGCACCUGAAUUGCUAUUUGGUUCCAAACAAUAUGGACCAGGUGUGGAUGUGUGGGCCGCAGCAUGUAUUUUUGCGGAACUUAUCCUCCGUCGUCCAUUCCUCCAGGGUUCUAGCGAUAUUGAUCAGUUGGGGAAGAUAUUUGCAGCAUUUGGCACUCCCGGGAAGGCGCAAUGGCCUGAUGUGACUAGCCUUCCUGAUUAUGUAGAGUAUCAGCAUUCUCCACCGCAGUCCUUCCGCAGUCUGUUCCCCCAGGCAAGCGAGGACUGUAUUGACCUUCUUCAGCGAAUGUUCACCUACGACCCAAAGCGAAGAAUAACUGCUCAGCAAGCAUUAGAGCAUAGAUAUUUUAGGACUGAACCAGCACCAACGCCAUGUCACAUGCUUCGAAGGCCGUCAAAGCCGGAAGCACAGCCAAAGCCCAUUGAGCUUCUGUCUCCAGCUGGGCACAUUGUCUUUUCCCCUCCUACGAAGACGCGGCGUCUCCAGCUCUUUGGUGGGGAUAUCAAAACAGCUGGUGAAGCGAACCGGGAUGGGCAGGCCAAACAGCAACUUGAAUUAGGAACCCCCAUUGAUGCCAUCACUAUCCCUAUGUCAAUAGAUCCCAAAACAAAUCUUCGACCCACUCUCAACAGGACAUUAAACCGUUCGCUGCAAGUUAAACCAUCUGGAUAUGCCAAUGCAACUUUGUCACCACAUUCGUCCUUCACAUCAGGUUUCUAGACGUUUAUGGGAUGGAUCAAGUCCUUGUACACAAAUGUAGCAUAUAUUGAGGGGAGGCUUACAUUUAGUGUCGCCGUGCAAUGUGCUGAUGAUUUUCCUCUCUGGGUUGAUUUGGACAGUACGGAUAGAACAUAUUUGAAGAGGAAGCUAGAUAUGGACAUUUUUCUUACCCCAGCACGGCGGUAAGGAUAACCGUGUAUCAAUUACACUAAACUGCAAUUACUUCAUGGUGUCUUUUGUAUCUACCAAGACCCAUAGGGGCAUAGAAAAGAGAAUCAGCGCAGAGUGGAUAGAAGCAGAAGUAGCUUUAGCACAGAGUUGGGUCCCAGUCAGGACCAAGACUCUAGUGAAUUCAGGGUUAGGUAUAUUCGUAUAGGUCUCAAAUAUCAGAGACCUCGCAUAGAGUCACAUGAUCUGGAGUAAUUUCAAGUUUCAACCCUAGUGUACAGUUUUAGAGGAUGGCUGUAAGAUUAGUGUUACAUGUACAGCCAUGAGGACUCUGCAUGGCUGAAGCAUUGAAAGCAUUGAUUCAUUGGGCAGAAAUCUUCUGCGUUGAUUGAGAAUCUGUAAAAAAGGAGUGAAUUUCCUAUCAUAUGACGUAUUCAA